UGCAACACGGUACCAGUACCGUGUAGUAUAUCUCGUAUCCGUCUCGUACCCUUCGUACCAUGUUCGUACCCGUGCUUGUAGCCUCGUAGCUCCCUGCAGAGUCCCUGCUCAUCAUAGUCUCGUACCCACGUGUCCCACGUUCGUAGUCUCGUACCCACGCUCAUAGUCUCGUGUCUUGUACCCACGCUUGUACAUCUCGACGUCUCGACUUUGGCUUUUCGAACCGUCUUGGUAGCGUGUGGCAUGUGCUCUUGUGUUUUAACAUAACCUCGAACGUGUAGGAAUACUUAUUGUACAUCCAAUUGAAUAAUAUAUUACAAAAUGUCAAACGAAACAGUGCUCGAACAAGUAUUCACAAGCAUCGAUAAUAGUACGAAGAAAUUUGAUAAAUUUCUCAGUGUUCAAAAUGACGUAGCGGCAAAACUCAAGAUCGCAAUAAAACAGCUUUAUGAUUUAACGAAAUCUGAGACAAAAAGAAAGAACAACGCGCUACCAGAGCUUGUUGUGCAAGAUUUUGACGAGGAGCAAAUCUGGCAACAAUUAGAGCUUCAAAAUGAAGGAGAACUCACACAUUUUUUGGGUGGAGUUUCAAGACUAUUAGCAGGCCAAAAUAAAUUAGAACUGCCGGUAAGUCUAAUUCCCAAGAAAAAAGAACUGACAGAAAAUGAGGGUGAAAAGAAAAAAGAUUGUGGAGACGAAUGCGAUUAUGUGGAUUCAGAGGAGAGUGACGUACAGAUGGACUUGGACAUCGACUUUGGUGACACACAGAAAAGAAAGAAAAAAGAAGGAAAAAAGCGAAUAACACGUCCUUCCAUAGUUGAUGACCAGUUUUUUAAACUCGAGGAACUUGAUGAGUAUUUAAACAAAGAGGAUAAAAAGGAAAGUCCCCAAACUGGUGAAGAGUCGAGUGGAGAUUCGGAGGAAGAAUCUGUGGAUCUUUUUGAGCCAGGUUCCGAUGAUGAGGAAGAAGAGAAUUAUAGCGAGGACGGGAAGAUGAUGAAAUAUGCAGAUUUCUUUGAUAGCCCGGAUAGUGGUGAGGAAACGGAGAAAAAGAAAGGCCAUUCAGAAUCACAGGCAUAUAAAGAAGAUGAAGAGAUGGAAUUCGAUAGUACAGAUAAAGUGUCCACAAGAAAAGAAGUAAAACGUGUAAAAUUCAAUUUAACCAAUGACUCGGAUGAGACAGACAGUUUGGAAAUGCGCAAAGAUGAGAAAAGUGAGAUGGAGAACAAAUCGAGUCUGGAAAAUCGACAGGAAAGAUUGCAAAUGCGUAUAGAAGAAUUAGAAAGACAAGCAAUAUCAGAAAAACCUUGGCAAUUGAAGGGUGAAGUUGCCGGACCAAACCGACCUCAAAAUUCAUUGCUUGAAGAAUACGUUGAGUUUGACAUAACGUCCAGGCCGGCACCCGUAAUAACUGAACAAACAACGCUCAAACUGGAGGACAUUAUUCGACAACGUAUUAAGGACAAAGCGUGGGAUGAUGUGGAACGGAAAUUUAAACCUGUAGAAACACCAUUAGAGUACAAGAAAAAAUUGGUGAUGGAUCAGGAAAAGAGUAAAAAAAGUUUGGCCCAGAUAUACGAAGAUGCUUACAUCAAGCAGAGAGAUGCAACUACUGAUCCUGAUAACACUGAAGAACGUGAAGCCGAAGAGCCCAAGGAACAUGUUGAAAUAAGAGAGAUGAUGCAUUCGCUUUUCGCUAAGUUGGACUCUCUUUCGAAUUUCCAUUACACCCCGAAACAGGCUCAACCGGAGAUCAAGAUCGUCAGUAACUUGCCAGCAGUCAAUAUGGAAGAAGUUGCUCCCGUCGCGACGACAGACGCGACGCUUCUCGCACCUGAAGAAAUAAAAUCCAAACCUCGAGGUGAGCUGAUGGGUAGAGGAGAGAGAACGAGCACGGACAUGAAGCGCGAGAGACGAAAGAAGAAGCUGAAACAGCGGACGCACCAAAAAGCGAGUGAGAAAAAAGAGGCGAGUUUGGCAGAGAAGCUCAAAGCAAGCGGUAAAAAGUACAGAAAGGGUGAGGCUGCAGCGGUGAUAAAAAAGCUGACGAAAGCUCGCAACAUCGUAAAGAUCGACGAGACGAACAGCAAAGCGCCAAAAUCCUCGACCGCUUUCUUUGCUCAACUUCAGGAUCAAGUAGCAAGUCAGAUUAAAACUAAGACCGGAAAUACCUUCAAAAAGAAGCGAGAUAAAAAUGCACAUUCAGCAGUUAAAUUGAAGUUGUAAAUUAUGUACAGAGGCCAAUAAAAAAAGAUUGUUUUUGUUUCUA